CGAAACUAAAGCAGUGAAAGCUCUUAGCACCUGACCCUCCGAUAUUCCAGCAAGGGUCCACCGACCACUAGGACCAUUUUAGUAGGACAAUCAAGACGACGUUCACUGUUGAGCAGUGGAAAUGUGCAUCAAGAAACUGACUUUGGAUUUAUAACAUUAUCGUUUCGGGUAAAGACAAAUUACGACGAACUUCUGUAUAUAGACAGAACCAGCACUUCUAUUAUAAACUUUUUGUUUAACAAAUAAUUUCUGUAACUAUAAUACCGAAUUGCUUCGAUAUUACUGACUUCAUGGUUAAUGGCAAAUUAAGCAACUUCUAAAUACAAAGUGUAAUUGGUGCUUGACAAAAGAAGAAAAGAACAUGGGUGGACCGCUCUACGAGGUUUCGUUUCUGUUCAUACUAAUAGCCUUCAGUAAAGGGCUCACACUUUCCAUCACCACUGAACCACAACCUGACAAACAAGACGGCAGCCACAAUAAACAGGAACAAUCUCAGGUUCAUAACAAAAAUAUUGACUUCCAAAAAUCUAGGGGUUCUUCUUUUACUAGCGACAUAAAUCUAAACAAGUUCGAAUAUCAAAGAAUAUUUGGACCCAGAAAAAACCCAAAAGAUAACAAAAUAGGUUUCUCGUCGUCCUUCAAUCAUUUUCCAGAGCUUCCUACAUUCACUAGCUUACAAGGAGCCCCGAAAGAAGACAUUAACUCUUCUCUAACCAGAGCACCUACGAGGCCUAGCACAACAUCAACUCGGUACAAAUUUAACCCUUCACUAGUUACAUACACCCAACUUCUUAGUAUACGUGGGGAGCCUCGAUAUCAAAACAGAGGUGUAAGGUACGAAAAAAAUAAAUCUGAAGUUGUAAGCAAUGGACCAGAGUACAGGACACAAGAUCCAAUUAAGCAAAAUAGCAAAAAUCACAUAAUAAGAAACUUAAACCAAGAACAUAGCGCUAAUAACUCUAAUUCAAGGGAAAACUUGGGUGUCAGAGAGGAUGUUCAACGAAAAGGACCACAAUCACCUUACAUACCACCAGAAGAAACAAUUCAUAGUAUUCCUCGAAGAAAAACUACUACAUCCCCACCUAAACAAGCUGACCCAUUGAUCUUGAAGACUCCAAGUCCCCCUAGUCUCCAACAUAUUAAUGUUCGUCCACGACGUAAAUUUUCUUCUUCACUUGAAGACGUAGAAUACUUUCCAAAGUACGUAAUCUUCAGACGCAACACAAAAGUCGAGGAGUACCCAAAGGUUUUCAAGUUUAAUGAAAAACGAAUAAACAUUGUGGAAUUUGAUCGCGAUAAGAAAAGCGGACGAAUUGAAAAUUUGGAUAAAGGGGAUAUACUAGAUCCCCAUAACAUUCCUCGCAGUAAAUUUCUUAUUUUUCAUGGUGGUAUCUAUGAUGAAGACGACACAAUUCCAACCCGACGAAACUUUGGUGUUAGUCAAGAAGCUUUCAAGAUUGUUCAAGGUUAUUUUACAAACGAGGACCAAGCUCAGAAUGAUGGUCAUGAUUUCUAUCAGCCUUUAUAAUAUGAACUACUUUGAUCACUACACUAAUACAUAGACAAUUGAAUCAAUAAUAAUUUUAGGGAAAAGGAGCUGUGUAAGGUUUACCUUCUGCAAAUCAAAAUCUGUUUUUGAUUGAAAAUAAAUA